AUGAAAGUCACCAAGGAUACAGUUACAAUAAGUGGGCUGGAUUUCCCAGAACACACUACUGUUCAACUAAAAGAUGCUGAUCCAAAUGAACUUCAGCUUUUUAUUGAAAAGAUGCCCGCCUCUAUCAAAGGUAAGAAUGUGAAAUAUAAUUCUUCAAAACUUUGUUUGAUUUUGGUUUUGGAAUAAAAAGGUACAUGGUUGAACCUCCGUACUAACCUGAGAUCAGGCUCUCUUUUCGUUUCGGUUUGUAAAUAACAUUCCGGCGGGCAAGGCGAAACGAAAAGAGAGCCCGAUUUUAAGCAGUAGCCGUUAGAAGAGAAUGUAUGAGAACGGCUAAAAUUGGGCCUGAUCUCAGGUUACCUCUGUAGAUAUGUAUGGAAACAGGCAGAUCAAGGUUAAAUAUGGUGAGAGUAGCUUUAGUUAUUUUGGUUUUGGUUUUUAAAUAAAAGGAGGAAUAAGGUUUAACUUACUGUAUGUACGUAGCUUUAGAAACAGGUAGCUCAAGCUUAUGGCGAGAGUCAUAUUGUUAGUUUUUUUUUUUUGUAAUUGAGAAUCAUAUAGUUAAUUUGUAUGGAUUAAUUAUCCAUGGACUAAUUCGUACAUUUGUAUGGAUAGCUGGGCUUAAAUAUUUAAAAUUGUUGAGUGAAAUAUCCAGAGUUAAUUUUAUACGCCAAAAAAAGUAAAAAGAACAAAACGAAAAAAGCGGAUGGUAGAAAUGAAAAAACAAACAAAGGAAAGAAAUCUUUCUUUCAAGUUUCUGUCGCGUGAUUGGGUUCUUCAUUUACAGAAUGCGUUGUCAAUAGUUGGCACAGGUUACUCAGGGUUUUUUCUCAAUUCUUUGAACCCUGUAAUUCGUUUCAUUAAUGUCACAGAAACAAGGACGCUCUGUUCCUCCUCCUUAAAACCACGCAUGCUAUGGUGCACUUCUCCUUUGAGUACAUAGCCUGGGUAUAGUGUAUUCAACUUACAGAAGAGAAAAUAUUUUCAAGGCCAACAAUUCGAGAAUGAUGAGUUUUUUUAGCGCCUCGAGACUAAAAAUUGCAGCAUCAAAAAGCAAAAAGGCGGAACGUAAGUACGUAAGUUUCCGAUUUGGCAGAUGCCAAUCAACUCCGCCUAUCGUGUGAAUUUAUUUUUUACAAGUUCUACCUUUUGGGAAUUUGUAAGUGCACGAAUUAUGAAUUCGAAUUUUAAAACUGUAAAAUAUACUGCCGAUUGAAAAGAAAAAACAGACUUAAUAAAACGUGAUUAAUCGCGAAAGUUAUUUCCCGAAAAGGUGCAAAAAAAAAAUCGCCUUAUCUUAAAGCAUCCUAAAAGUCAAAAUCCCGCAGAAAAAUUGUCCCCAGUGAGACGCAUUAAUGAAGACUAAUUUCUGUUUCAUUUGGUUUUGUUUUAAUUUUUUCCCCAAACAAGAUAGUUUCCAAAACAUAUCCUUAACGAAUUUUUUGAACGUCUGUAUCGAACAACUGAAAACUCGUGACAGACAGAAUUCGGAAUCGAAAAUAUAUGAUAUUCGGUUUAUUUGGACCGCCCUCGUGUAUCUGGGACGCAGCAACCAAACAUAAAACUGCUUCUUAACAAGCCUUUAUAAAGAUUUUAACAAUGUCUACACCAGAUCACUCCUUUUUAUUCGUUACAUACAUUCAUACAUUAGGGAACUUUAGCAACGACGACGGCGACGGCAAAAACUUGAGUGCGGUUCUCAAGAAAUCAACUCCAGGGAAAUUCGUCUACACUUGCCAUUUUCAGCAAAUUGGAAUAAACGCGACAAAGAUUGAAAAAAAGGGGAAUUCAUUUUAAAACUGACAUUUUCGCUGCCGUUGCCGUCGCCGAUGCUAAAGCUCCCUAUUGUUUACAGGUAGCCAUUACGGCACCUGAAGGAGGAUCAUGAGGUUAUGGCGAUAUUAACAUCUCUCCUUACAGAUAACCCACCCGGCCCAGGAAAGGUUAGUCACACCACUAGGGUCUAUAACGUCCCUUACUCUUUUCGAACAGUGGUGUGGGUUCUUUUACGUCCCACAAGAACCAGAUAAGUGACAGUACUGUGAGAGGGACCUACGGCUUUUUGUCCUUAUCCGAGAAGACUAGAAAGUGUAACCGUUUGCAUGUCAUUACAAAGGCAGCACUUUCUUCUGAGUGUUGGUCCGGCCGAAGUUUGAACCCGCGACCUCCGACCCAGCAGACCGGCGCCCUGCCAACUGAGCUAACCAGGCGGCGGUUUCGUUGAAAGAACCUUUGCGUAAAAUUGUGAAAAUGGAACGAACGCCCGACAAAUUCUUCUGUUGAGGGUGCGGCAUAUUGCUUGAAAAAGAAGUUCUGUGGAAAAACCCUCAUUAAACAAGACCGAUUCACACAAAACCAGAAGAAAAAUACUGAGGAUUUGUGAUAUCAAGUUAAGAAGCAUAUCUUUUACGUCCCAUCUCUCUCACGUCCCAUCUCUCUCUUGCGUUGAGCAUGUGGUAGCCUCUCUCCUUUAAAGUCGUCAAAAACAAAUCGCAGAUUUUAAAGGACCCAGUUUGCUCAGGAAAUUAGAAAAGACCCGAAAAUGAAAAAGAAAACAAUUAGUGUAACAGUAACCUACCUUUUGAUCUCAAAAACGGGCAGUUCAGAGUCACGCUCUGAACUGUCUUCCAUGACAGAGUAGACCAGAGUCCAGGCAAAGUGCUAGCGUUACAUGAAGAGCCUUUUCAAUACCAGGCUCCUUUUUGGGGAAUCAGGGCGAUUUACGAGGCGAGUGCGAAAUAAGCGAAGCAACGCACGCCGAUUUUUUUCGCGCAGUUCACCCUUUUUUUGGUUUAUUUUGUCUUGUUUUCUCCAAUUUCUUUCUUUGCUGCUUUUUUUAAAGAAUAAAAAGUUGCCCCAAGAACUUUAUGUACGUGUUUUCUGUCCGAUGAUGGAUAUCAAACUGUUCUUUAUAAUCGGGAUUUAAAUACAACAGAACCAUAAACAAAGAACACAUACUUUAGUAAAAUUGAUGUAUCCAAAAUAUUAUUAUAUACUACUGUGUGCAAGUUAUUCUUAAUUCUGCAUUUUUCUAUCCGCAUUUUCCCAUCCGGAUUCGCAUCCGUCAUCCGCAGGUAUCUGGUCCGCGUUUUACAGACACCCGUGUCAAGAGGGGUAGACUACAAUAACAACAUUUAUCUACUUAAAAACAAAAACACCCGUAGAACAUAGUAUCGGGGUGGCCCCAAUUCUAGUGAUUUGGAGUCAACAAAUCAGAUCAUACUUAAUACUAUGAAAGCUUAGAGACAGACAUUAGUCUGUAAUCCAGAAAUCGAUUGAUGCGAAUUUUCAUUCGCAUCAAUCGAUUUGGCGGAAAAUUCCCCGCCAAAAUUUCCCUUGAGACCCUGACUCGUCCUUAGUCUUCUCUUAUCAUUUGUAAGCGGUCACGAGAGAAUAGAAACCUUUAGCAUCAGGUUUUUCAUGGGAAACCGCAAACCUGGGAAUGUCAUGUGACCACGGUCUUGCUGUCACGUUUGCCGUUUAAAGCUCACGUUUGAACGGCAGGAAGGGCUUUCAGCGGUAAGUGACUUACGGCAAGGUUUUUUUUUGCCUCUAAAAAUUGUAAAGCCUCACGUUUAAAGGCACGAAUCAGCUUUCUAUAUCCACCUGAAAUGUGCUACUUAGAUUUUUGAUCUCGAAGCAAUGAAUUAUUUAUGUUUUUGGGCGAAAAAAGCAAAGAACUUCGAAUUUACGAAAAACAACAUGACGGCACUAAACAAUGAACGCCUUGCUUAAAUCUGAAAUCCCGGCAACGUGAAACUGCAAACUUGUAACUGCAGACUGAAAAACCUGAUGCUAAAGGUCUCCCCAAAGCAAAGUCAUAUGAUGGCAAGAAAUACAGUGAAACCUCUGUUAAGCGGACACCCUCUAAGCCGAGUCCCGAAAUUAACUUAUAUUGCCCUUUAUAACGAGCCCCUAUUCAGUGGGCAACUCUAUUAAGCGGACGCGGUCACUAAAAUAAGUUUUAUUUAGCUAAUUUCUAUUGUUAAAAACCUCUAUUAAGCGGACACGGACUAAAUUGACAAUAGCAGUAUUGGGUUACGUCCUUGAAAUACGUACUGAAGUCAGUUAGUGUUUUUGCAUGUACAAACAAAUUAAGGUUGGUAAUGAAAGGUAAUGAACUUGAACUCUGGAUAGCUUCUUUAACAACAGGCAACUUUAUCACAGUACAGAUUAACCGUUGAAUGUUGAUCGUUCACAAACAUUGUGCAACUUUUACAACCUCUAUUAAGCGGAUACUUGGGAAGGUCCCGAAGGUGUCCGCUUAAUAGAGGUUUCAAUGUAUUAAAUUAGAAAAUAUUUGGUUAUUUCUCUCUACACUUUCGUUGGGUAAUUCAUCGACCAGUAAAAAUAGCCUUAGGAAAUGGAUCCGAGAAGAGCUACAUGUAUUUUUUACCCCUUCAUCCUGUUCUUUCAAAAGGCGUAUCUCACGCUCGCCUCCAAUCAAUGUGGCCCGGGUUCGAAUCCUAGCGUCGACUCCAUUUAUGUAGGUUAGGUUUGUUGUUGGUUUUCUCCUUUGCACUAAGAGGUUUUUCUCCGGGUACUUCGGUUUUCCCCUCUCCUUUAAAACCAACACUUUCAAAUUCCAAUUCGAUCUGGAACGCACGGACAUGUUUCAAUCGAGUUCUUAACAACUCCCAGGUGUUCGUUGGUAAACAAAUUACACCGAAAAAAAUGGCCCCAGUUGUUGAAACGUUAGCGCUGUCUAGCGGAUAAAUCCCUAUAUCCAGAGGAAAAGUACAGUUUGGAAGCAGGAGAUUUCUCACUGCUGACCAGAAAGAUCAGCCCAAUUGCGUUAUACAGUGGAUAGAGAUUUAUCCAGUGGAUAACGAUUGAACAACAGCUGCCUGGUUCUUACAUGCUUGUGCCUAUGUUAUCGUUACACUGUAUGGCUUUACAUUUUUUUUCGAAGAAACCACGGCCCGGAGUCGACCGUAGGUUGAUUAUAGCCCGCAGGCGUCACCAACGCGGGUAUAUAGUCCCGAUUUCUAUCUAAGUUUUAUCUAGGUUUUGAGUUCUGCAUCGCAGGAUAUAGAUUUGCGAUUGAUUUUUUUCAAGUCUGCGUAAAAAGGACAUAAUUUUCUGGUUUUAGACACCCCUUAGCUUAUGUGCCUUAUAGCUUGUGAUAAAGAAUGCAACAGAAUACCGCCAGUAUAUAGUACCGGAGUUUUAUCUGGGGUUUGAGACUGAGAAAAGUGUGAGAAAGCUUAUAUGUUUUACUAAACUUCUGUUUGUAGUUUAAGAAUUUAGCUACAGUUUACAUUGUCACAUAGUCCUUUAGUAUAAAGUUUUUACAAUAAGUAUCUGGGUGUAGAAUUAGAUAGCAAAUUAACAUGGAAUGAACAUAUUUCUGCCAUUACCGGGAAAGCGAACUCUUCCCUCGGCUUCUUGAGAAGAAAUCUAUAUAACUGCGCCGAACAGAUCAAGAUGCAGGCGUAUUAUUCUUUAGUUAGACCCCACUUGGAGUAUGCAUGCUCGGUGUGGGACCCACAUACACAAAAGAACAUUCAAUCAAUUGAGAACUUCCAGCGUAGAGCGGCUCGUUUUGUUAAGAAGUGCAAUCAGCACACACCAGCUACCGUCACAAGUUUACUAGAGGAGCUAAAAUGGCCAUUAUUGGAACAGAGAAGGAAACAAACAAGAUUAACAAACUUGUAUAAGAUCGUAAAUGGCACCCUGGCAGUAGAAAUUCCAAAUUACUUCAAUCAGAAGGAACGCCAAACAAGAAAUUACCACCCACUUAAAUUUAUAAACGCUGGUUGCAGGACUAAUAUAUAUAUAAAUAAGGCUUUUUCCCAGAUCCGUUAAAGAAUGGAACGAACUUCCCGAAACAAUUAUUGAAGCUGCCAACACUGAGGCCUUCAAGCUUGCCUUGAGGGCCCAGGCCAGGCCCCAUUGAGCAUUAAACACUUUUUAUUUUUAGAUCACCAGCACAAAUUCACUGCACUGUUUUUUAGCGCACAUAGCACGAGCACAGCACAUAUCUGCUGAAGAUGGGCUGUACUGCUCUUUGCAGAUCAGACAUUUAGAUUUAGAUUUAGGGUUACACUUCGUGUCAGAAAGUUAUUACAUUUUAUGUUAAAUUUGUUACAUUACGAUUUAAUGUUUCAUUUUGCUUCACAUGUUUUUACAUUUCUCGUUAAGGUUACAUUUUGCGCCAUAAACUUCGUCUCUUCCCACCUCCCCUCCCCCCCCCCCUACCGACUAUAACGACCAGUCCAACAUUGUUUUUUUUGUGUGUUUUCUUUAGGCCUACAAUCAUGAACAAAAGUCUUGGGACACUUUUGCGUUUCUGGAGCGUUUUCCAAUUCACAUAGGUCCAACCUCUCCCCUCACCCCACAAAAAAUGUUGGACAAGUGUAUCCAGAAUUUUUUCCGAGUUUCAACUUUGUAUAGUGUGCGGGGAGGGAGAACUUCAAGAAAAUUUCGAAAAGGAUGUACUGUUUUAAGAGGGAACCGAGAAAUGACAGAAAAUAUGAAUAUUGCAGUACUGUCCCAAGGACUUUUGUCCAGGAUUGGUUCGGCGUCUGGCUCAGUUAAGUUUGUUUGAAUGAGUUUGGAUCGUCCAACACGUUCUAUCCGUCUGCUUUCAAUUUGUAUUUCCUUAAAUAUCUGAAAAAUGUCAGAGUAAUUUUAAUUUCGGACUGCAUCGUGUCGAAACGUUUUUAUAUCAAAUCGACUGAUCUAUCCAUAUGCCCACUGAGUAACCUUGAGUAAGAUACAUGUGUGCGAAAAAAUGAGAACUCGUUCAAAGAAGGGGCUAUGUUCUUGGACACACUCUUCAAUAUUUUGUGUGAGUUUACAAACAAGCAAUUAACAUUAAGUGACAACUGGGGCGAAAAGGAAUUCUGAAUUUCAUCCUCUUCAUCGGUAUUUCGUUUAUGCUCAUGUGUCGCUCAGUUUCAAGAGAGAAAUACCGUGCAUUGAAAAUUAUCUAUAAAGUCAAAAUCUGUAAUUUUUCUUUUUUAGUUGACACUUAAUCAUUUCGCUCAUGUUACUUGGGUGAUUUUGAUUGCCUUGUUUGUUUUUGAUCAUAAAUUAUCUUUUCAGAAAAAAUGCAAGAUCUACGAGAAGCAAACUCGCCAGGGCGAACCUCAGAACUAGAAAGACAGUUGAGGGAUUUUCAGCAACGUGAAGAAAACUUCCAGAGGCAGUUACGCGAGAUGCAGGAACGUGAACAGAAUUUACAACGGCAGCUCAGAGUGGUUCAAGAACGGGAUCAGUACUCUCAAAGCCAGCUAACGGAGUUUCGUCAACGUGAACAAAAUAUGCAGCGGCUGGUGAGAGAUUUACGAGAAGGAGAACAAAAUUGUCAAAGGCAGCUGAGGGAGUUUCAACAACGUGAAGAAAAUUCUGAGAGGCAGCUGAGGGAGUUGCAGCGGCAACUGAGGGAGAUAGGACAACAGUUGACGAAUUCCCGACAGGACAAGUUUCUGAACUACAGUUAAGUCUUUCAACAGCUCAGCAAACAAUAAAUCAAUUGCGUAACCAGGGAGCACGUGACUGGGUUAUUCCCCGCGACGAAAUUCAAAUCACAGAGAAAUGCCUUGGGAGGGGAGGAUGGGGAAGUGUCAAUGAGGGAACGUAUUGUGGCUGUACUGUAGCAGUGAAAGAAAUCCAUGAGUUGAUCCUCUCCCCUCAUAACAUACGUCUUUUUGAGAGAGAAAUGAAUAUUGCAUCCAAGUGUCGCCAUCCUCACUUACUACAGUUUAUCGGCGCCACAGUUGACGAGGGAAGUCCUCUGUUUGUCACCGAGUUGAUGGAGAAAAGUUUGCGGACUCUGUUAGAACAGCGGCAACUGUCCGAAACAGAAAUACGCACCAUUUCUUUGGAUGUAGCCCGCGCACUGAACUAUCUUCACCAGAAGAAACCAGAACCCAUCAUUCACCGUGAUGUGAGCAGUGCUAAUGUGUUGCUAUGGCGACAGGGUGACCAAUGA